CUUCUCAUUCUCCUCUUCACAACCACAACAAUAACAAUCAUAGCAGCCAUGGCUAAGCUUCUUGCGCUUUCUGUUUGCUUUUGCUUUCUAGUUCUGGGAGCUAGCAGCGUCACCUUCAGGCAGCAGGGGGAGGAGAAUGAGUGCCAGUUCCAGCGCCUCAAUGCCCAGAGACCCGACAACUGCAUUGAGUCUGAAGGCGGUUACAUUGAGACUUGGAACCCAAACAACCAGGAGUUCCAGUGCGCCGGCGUCGCCCUCUCUCGCUUCGUCCUCCGCCGCAACGCCCUUCGAAGGCCUUUCUACUCCAAUGCUCCCCAGGAGAUCUUCAUCUACCAAGGGAGUGGUUAUUUUGGGUUGAUAUUCCCUGGUUGUCCUGGCACAUUUGAAGAGCCAAUUCAGGGAUCUGAACAAUUCCAAAGACCAUCAAGACAUUUUCAAGGGCAGGACCAAAGCCAAAGGCCACUGGACACUCACCAAAAGGUUCACGGCUUCAGAGAGGGUGAUCUCAUCGCUGUUCCCCACGGUGUUGCUUUCUGGAUCUACAACGACCAAGACACUGAUGUUGUUGCCAUUUCUGUUUUACACACCAACAGCCUCCACAACCAACUUGACCAGUUCCCCAGGAGGUUCAAUUUAGCUGGAAAGCAAGAGCAAGAAUUCCUAAGAUACCAGCAACGAAGUGGUCGUCAAAGCCCAAAAGGAGAAGAACAAGAACAAGAACAAGAAAACGAAGGCGGCAACGUCUUUAGCGGCUUCUCAACAGAAUUCCUCUCACAUGGCUUCCAAGUGAACGAGGACAUAGUGAGGAACCUAAGAGGAGAAAACGAACGCGAGGAGCAAGGAGCCAUUGUCACAGUAAAGGGAGGACUUAGCAUCUUAGUUCCACCAGAGUGGAGGCAGAGCUACCAACAACCUGGAAGAGGCGACAAAGACUUCAACAACGGCAUUGAAGAAACCAUUUGCACUGCAACUGUUAAGAUGAACAUUGGCAAAUCCACAUCUGCUGAUAUCUACAACCCUCAAGCUGGUAGCGUCAGAACUGUAAACGAACUUGACCUCCCAAUCCUCAAUCGACUCGGACUCAGUGCCGAGUAUGGAUCCAUUCAUCGGGAUGCAAUGUUUGUUCCUCACUACAACAUGAACGCAAACAGCAUGAUAUAUGCAUUGCACGGAGGAGCUCAUGUCCAAGUGGUGGACUGCAAUGGCAAUAGAGUGUUCGACGAGGAGCUUCAAGAGGGUCAAUCGCUGGUGGUGCCACAAAACUUCGCCGUGGCUGCAAAGUCACAGAGCGAGCACUUCUUGUACGUGGCAUUCAAGACAAACUCAAGGGCCAGCAUAUCCAACCUUGCUGGCAAAAAUUCCUACAUGUGGAACUUGCCGGAAGAUGUGGUUGCAAAUUCAUAUGGCCUACAAUAUGAGCAAGCAAGGCAACUCAAGAACAAUAACCCCUUCACGUUCUUGGUUCCACCUCAAGACUCUCAGAUGAUCAGGACUGUGGCUUAGGGUUGCUCUUCAUGCAUGCAUCACAUGCAUGUAUGUAUGUAUGUGUGUGUUAUAUGUCCACCCACUUUUUGCCACAACUGAAUAAAUAACGUAGUUUUGUAGUAAUGAAUAAGAUAUGAGAGAAUAUAUAUACACAAAGGGGCUUGGAUGGCCUUUUUGUUUAACAUGUGAAAUUGAGAUGUAACAUAAAAUGAGUAGUGCACCUUUUUUAAUCCCGAGUUAA